GUCUGUUACAAAAAACGUUUUAAGGGGAAACACAAUUAAAAUUUACUUGUCUUCCGGUGCUUUGUUGAUGAAAUGGUCUCUUCAUUGAAAGGGAAGGUAGCGCUUAUUACUGGCGCCACCUCAGGCAUCGGCAAAGCAUGUGCGAUUGCAUUGGCUGCCGAGGGAUGCUUCGUGUCCGUCACAGGCAGGAACACAGAGGCCUUGAAGGAAGUCACCAAGUUGUGCUACGAUGCUGGGCUUCCUGAAGGCAAGGUAUUUGCAGUUGAUGGAGAUGUUGCCAAAGACGAUGACUGCAAAAAGAUUGUGGACUCCACUGUGGCUCAUUUCAAGAAGCUGGACAUUCUCAUAAACAAUGCAGGGAUUCUUGUGUUGGGUGGAAUUGAAAGCAUCAGCAUGGAAGAUUAUGACAAGCAGAUGGACGUUAAUGUGAAGUCUGUGUUUGUCUUAACCAAGCUUGCUUUGCCGCACAUCAUUGAGACGAAAGGGAACAUCAUCAAUGUGUCGUCUGUUUGUGGGAUUCGAUCGAUUCCAGGAAUGGUGGCGUACAACAUGAGCAAGGCAGCGGUUGACCAGUUUACAAGAAGUGUGGCCCUAGAGGUGGCUGCCCGGGGAGUAAGAGUGAAUUCCGUCAACCCCGGGCUGAUCAUCACCGACAUCCACAGGCGAGCUGGCAUGUCGGAGGAGAACUAUGAGAAGAUGGUAGAAAAUACCAAAAAGAUGUAUCCCCUUGGCCGAGCCGGAGAAGUCGAAGAUGUGACAAAAGCCGUCAUUUAUCUUGCCUCAGAGGAUUCGUCAUUUGUGACGGGCGUAACACUGCCUAUUGACGGCGGGCGGAUAUUGCAGUGCCCUCGCUGAUUGUGGAACAGAUGGAGGAAUCUGUGUGUCAUCCUAGAAAUUGCUUCUUUUGAUGUCUGGACAGGGUUGUGCUAACCAAAGUGGAUAUAAAUUGUAACUAUUAUACUGUUGAUAUAAUUGAUAUGUUAGUUGUUCUUAAUAUUUUUAAACAUUAAAUAUGCAAAAAGUAUUACUAACAUAAGAUUAUAUACAUUUAUAUUAUUCAAGAAUGUGUUGCAGAGCAAACCCUUAAAGACAUUAAUUUAGUGAAAGCUAAGGUUGAUGUUAAAUGAUAUUAUAAAGAACAAAUUUUUUUAUUGAUAAUUAUAAGCUUCCUUGUUUGUUAUCAAACAGUAUUAUUUAAUUGUAAAAGUGUUAUUAUGUUAUUUUCAUUGAAGAUGAUAUUGGUUAUUGAUUCUUUGUAAAAAAAUGAAAUAUGUUGAGUAAAUAUUUGCAUUGUAAAUGG